CCUCCGGUCACACACAGGAGCGGGCAAGUGCAUUUUUCUGUCCCUAUCACCUAGCAAGGCUGGCCUCUACACGGGAAUAAUGCGAUGUCAUUGAAAAUGUUACCUCGUAUAUCGUAGCCUACGUUUAUUCAGAAUGCGCCUCACCCGAGAUAUAGCACAGAGAAUAGCACACUACUGCUGACUUCGCAUUGAAAUGAUUUGUAUAAGGUGGGUGUGAGCUGUGGUGGCUCAAGCGCAUCGGUAACGAAGCUGCCUGCUGUAAACCGUUAAAUAAAAAGAAAAUCAAGCUGUUUAUAUCGUGGUUGUUCCAGCGGUGACGACCCUCCGGACGUCGUAACCAUGAGUGGACAGGACGAAAGUUCGGUGCGGGUCGCAUUGAGGAUUCGUCCUCAGCUGGCGAGGGAGAAGAUCGAAGGAUGUCACAUCUGUACGUUCUGCAUGCCCGCCGAGCCCCAGGUGAUGCUGGGUAAAGACAAGGCGUUCACUUACGACUACGUGUUUGACAUGGACUCCCAGCAGGACAGCAUCUACACACACUGCACAGAGAAACUCAUCGAGGGAUGCUUCGAGGGGUACAACGCUACCAUCUUCGCCUAUGGACAGACUGGUUCGGGGAAGACCUACACCAUGGGUACAGGGUUUGACGUGAACAUCAGUGAGGAGGAGUUGGGCAUCAUUCCCCGGGCAGUCAAGCACCUCUUCAGGGGCAUUGAGGAACGACGGCAGACCGCCACAGAGCAGGGCAAGCCUGUACCCGAGUUCAAGAUCAACGCACAGUUCCUGGAGCUGUACAAUGAGGAGGUGUUGGAUCUGUUUGAAUCAACACGGGACAUGGAUGGGAAGAGACAGAAGUCCACCAUCAAGAUUCAUGAGGACGCUAACGGAGGCAUCUACACUGUGGGAGUCACCACGCGCACGGUCACCUCCGAGGCAGAGAUGAUGCAGUGUCUGAAGCUGGGUGCUCUGUCCCGUACUACAGCCAGCACCCAGAUGAACAUCCAGAGCUCGCGCUCCCAUGCCAUCUUCACCAUCCACCUGUGCCAAGUCAGAGUCUGCACUCCAGACGACAGCGAGUCCAAUGAGACAGACAACCAUCUGGCCAACGGUUCCUCUGAGAUUAACUCUGAGUUCGAGACGCUGACGGCUAAGUUUCACUUUGUGGACCUGGCCGGGUCGGAGAGACUAAAGAGGACAGGAGCUACUGGGGAUAGAGCCAAGGAAGGCAUCUCCAUCAACUGUGGACUGCUUGCGCUGGGUAACGUGAUCAGUGCUCUGGGGGACAGGAGUAAGAGGUCCACCCACGUGCCUUACAGGGACUCGAAACUCACCCGGCUACUGCAGGACUCUCUGGGAGGAAACAGUCAAACGGUGAUGAUAGCGUGUAUCAGCCCAUCUGACCGGGACUUCAUGGAGACACUGAGCUGUCUGAACUACGCUAACAGAGCCAGGAACAUUAAGAACAAGGUGAUGGUGAACCAGGAUAAAGCCUCCCAGCAGAUAUCAGCUCUAAGGACUGAUAUUGCCAGGCUACAGAUGGAACUGAUGGAGUACAAGACGGGCAAGCGUAUGGUGGGGGAAGACGGCAUGGAGAGCAUCAACGACAUGGUCCAUGAAAACAGCAUGCUACAGACAGAGAACAGUAACCUGAGGAUCAGGGUCAAGGCCAUGCAGGAGACCAUUGACGCCCAGAGGGCCAGACUCACACAGUACCUCAGUGACCAGGCCAACCAGGUUCUGGCCAAAGUGGGUGAGGGGAAUGAGGAAAUUGGAAAUAUGAUCCAGAACUAUAUCAAAGAAAUCGAGGAGCUCAGAGCCAAGCUCCUGGAGAGUGAGUCAGUGAAUGAGAACCUCCGUAAAACCCUGUCCCGUGCCAACACACGUUCCUCCUUGUACGCUGGUGGGGGCUCCUUCUCCCCAGCCCACCUCGCCCCCGAGAUAGUGGCUUCCGACAUCAUCGAGAUGGCCAAGAAAGAUCUGGAGAAACUCAAGAAGAAAGAGAGGAAGAAAAAGAAGAGACUGCAGCGGCUCGAGGAGAGUCACCAUGAGGUUAAGCUUCCCAGUGUGGUCAAGGAGGGGGUGCCAGACAACGAACAGGAACGAGGCAACGACGAGGCUGAGGUGGAUGACCACGUCAGUGACCAUGAGGAAGGAGAGGAGCUUGAGGGAGAAGAGGAGGAGUAUGAGAUGGAGGGAGAGGAGAGCUCGGACGAGUCAGACUCUGAAGAACUGGAUGAGAAAGAGGACUUCCAGGCGGACCUGGCCAACAUCACGUGUGAGAUCGCCAUCAAGCAGAAGCUGAUAGACGAGCUGGAGAACAGCCAGCGCCGUCUGCACACGCUCAAACAGCAGUAUGAACAGAAACUCAUGAUGCUGCAGAGCAAGAUCAGAGACACACAGCUGGAGAGGGACAAGGUGCUGCACAACAUGGGCUCGGUGGAGACGUGCACGGAGGAGAAGGCUAAGAAGAUUAAGUUAGAAUAUGAGAAGAAGUUGAGCUCUAUGAACAAGGAGAUGCAGAAGCUGCAGUCAGCCCAGAAGGAACACGCACGCCUCCUCAAGAACCAAUCACAGUACGAGAAACAGCUCAAGAAACUCAACCAGGAUGUGGCUGAGAUGAAGAAAACAAAGGUGGGUCUGAUGCGCCAGAUGAAGGAGGUGCAGGAGAAAAACAGAGCGUCAGAGUGCCGACGCAACCGAGAGAUCGCUACUCUGAAGAAGGACCAGCGCAAACAUGAGCACCAACUGAGACAGCUGGAGGCUCAGAAGAGGCAGCAGGACCUGAUACUACGCAGGAAAAAUGAGGAGGUGACAGCUCUGAGGAGACAGGUGAGGCCCACCUCAGGGAAGGUGAACAGAAAGGUGAGCCUACCGGAGCCCCUCCAGGACCCUUCACACCGCGGCAUCCCAGGCAGACCUCACUCUGCUGGGGCAGCAGACCCCAAUGGCACCCCAAGAAAGUACCCGUUGAGGACGGGGAGUGUCUACACCACCAGGACAGCCCGGGCUAAAUGGCAGUCUCUGGAGAGACGCAUCACUGACAUCAUCAUGCAGAGGCUGACCAUCUCAAACAUGGAGGCUGAUAUGAACCGCUUCCUCAAGCAACGUGAGGACCUGACCAAGCGAAGGGAGAAGGUGUCUCGCAAGAGGGAGAAGAUCGCCACAGAGGGGACCGACACGGACCGAAGCAUCCAGUCUUUGAACGAAGAAAUGGAUGCCCUGGCGGCCAACAUCGACUACAUCAACGACAGCAUCGCUGACUGUCAGGCUAACAUCAUGCAGAUGGAGGAAGCGAAGGAGGAGGGAGACACAGUGGACAUUACCGCGGUGAUCAGCUCCUGUAACCUAUCAGAAGCCCGCUUCCUGCUUGAUCACUUCCUGCACAUGGCCAUCAACAAGGGUCUGCAGGCGGCCCAGAAGGAUUCCCAGGUGAAGAUGAUGGAGGGCAGGCUGAAGCAGACAGAGAUCAACAGCGCCACUCAGAACCAGCUGCUGUUCCACAUGCUGAAGGAGAAAGCUGAACUCAACCCUGAGCUGGAUGCUCUGCUGGGCAACGCACUGCAAGAGAUAGGUUACCUACUGGUGGCAGAGAAUGGAGAUGACAGCAGUAGUGAUGAGUCCUCUACCCCCAGCCCAGCCACAGAGGGAAGUUCAUUGUCCUCUGACCUCCUGAAACUGUGUGGAGAGGCCAAACCUAGGAAGGCACGCAGAAGGACAACCACCCAGAUGGAGCUGCUGUAUGCUGGUAGUGGUGAAUUAGACUCGCCUACGGGGGACUUCUCUGCCUCCCUGCUACCCCUGGCAGAGGCCCAGGAAGGGACAGGGGACAUGGGGACAGUAGCAGGACAUCACGGGGACAGGGAACUCACUGUGUCCCCCUCAGCACUGUCCACCAGGAUAGCUGGACUUUCUGGAGUGUGGUCUUCUAUGGGAGCUGAGAGGAGAUCACUGGAACGCUCGCCUCUAACACCCAGGAGGAUGCUAGAGAAGGGAGGACCACCCCCCUUAGACAUCAAGGAACACACACCUAUGGACCCCAAAGGUCACCCAGCACGAGAGACAAAGUCACACAUACCCAUGCCCACAGCCACAGAGAAGACCAAAAUCACAGACACCAAACCAACGUUGGAAGAGUCGCUUAUAUAUCAAGGACAAAGAGGGGUGAUCAACCCCGUGUCAUCCCCUAAGAGCAGCCAUGCUGCCAGACUACAGUGUGUCUAUGUGGCUGAGGGACACACCAAACCUGUCAUGUGUGUCGACUGCACUGAUGACCUGCUCUUCACUGGCUCUAAAGAUCGUACGUGUAAGGUGUGGAACCUGGUCACUGGUCAAGAAAUCAUGUCUCUGGGAGAUCAUCCCAGCAGUGUGGUGUCUGUUAGAUACUGUUCCAGCCUGGUCUUCACUGUCUCCACCGCUUACAUCAAGGUCUGGGACAUCCGAGACUCCGCCAAGUGCAUACGCACACUCACGUCGUCAGGCCAGGUGAGUACAGGGGACAGCUGUGUGUCUCUCAGGUCCUUGUCCAUCCCUCCAGGAGAGAACCAGAUCAACCAGAUUUCUCUGAACCCUACGGGAUCCUUCCUCUACUCCGCCUCUGGCAACUUAGUCCGCAUGUGGGACCUCAGGAAGUUUGUGUCUACUGGGAAGCUGACGGGUCACCUGGGUCCGGUCUUGUGUCUGACCGUCGACCAGAUGGGCAACGGUCAAGACGUGGUCCUAACGGGGUCCAAGGACCACACCCUGAAGAUGUUUGAGGUGACAGAGGGUGUCCAGGGCAGUAUUGUGUCCUGUCACAACUUUGAGCCACCACACCAGGAGUGUAUAGUCUCUCUGGCUGUUCAGGGGAACAGUCUCUACAGCAGCUCCAGAGACUACUGCAUCAAGAAGUGGGACCUGUCCCGGAAACGACUAGUACAGCAGGUGGCGAGUGCCCACUCUGACUGGGUAAGUGCGCUGGGUGUUGUGCCAGGGUGCCCGGUAAUGCUGAGUGCAGACAGGGGAGGUCUGCUGAAGCUGUGGCACGCUGAUACCCUGGCACCGCUAGGAGACCUGAGGGGACACGACAGCCCUGUUAACGGACUGGCUACCAACAGCAGCCAACUAUUCACUGCCUCAGAUGACCGGACAGUGAAGAUUUGGCAAGCAAAGGGUUCUUUGGAGGAAGGGAUCCAUUGACACUGAGAAGGACACAACUCUGGGGAUCUACUAGAUUACUCUGGAUCAUCUACAGCCUAUGGAUCUAUUGCUGCCUGCUGGAUCUACUACUCGAUCUAUUUGCUGCUGCUCUGCGCAAUGAUCCAUGGAUGAAGGACCUCCGAAGAUGGUCACAGGGCAGAUGACCAGCCCUGACACACAUAUGACCCCUUGAGACAGUCACUCAACAAGGUUGGAGGAGAGUAGCACAACAGCCACGGUAUUCACCUGAAGGAAAGUGAAACUCUAGUGUAAUGCCCAUGGUUCUGUCUCAUGCCGUAUCCUCUCUAUACAUAUCGUAGAGGAAUCAUCCACUACAGUGCGUGGAAUCAUCUUUCUGUGUUAGUAGGGGGGGAUGCCUUCUAAAUAAAGACCCUAUGGAGGUUGUACUUAAUUCAGCUGUUACUGCCAAACCCUAUGGGAGACUCAUAUAGCCUUAGUGGGGAAUAGGGAUGUCUCAGUAGGAAUAGCACAGUGAAUUAGUGGUGUGGGAUGGUGUAGCUGAUCUCUGCUACAGAAACAAAGCUCAAUGAGGGCGUGUCGUCAUUGUGGAGGUUUAUCUCAACCAAAUUCAAGUGUUGCUUUUAAUGUCGUUAUCUGCAGAUUGUGUGACCAAAGUACAAACCUUCUCUGUGUUAGUCAACGGGCUGUGAUGAGAGUAUUUUUAGCCAACUUUGUACUUGCCUGUGUACAGUACCUCUAUAGUGGUCUUACUCUCUUUGUAUCAUGCAAGUACAUUCAAACCUCAAACUACAAAAACUGGUUUGAUCUUUAAUUUUCUGUCAAAAUGUUUGUAUUUAUGUGUGUUUUCAUGGUGACUUUGAAACCUUCAAAGUUCUGAGCUUCAAUUUCAUGUUGUAUCCAAUGGCCUGUGUCAAUCAUUUUCAGAGCCCAGGUAAAGUGAGGUUACCUGUGCAGAGGCGUAUGUCCUAUCUUAAAUCAACUCAAAGUUUAUUGGUCGCGUGCACAGAUUUGCAGAUGUUAUCACAGGUGCAGCGAAAUGCUUGUGUUUCUAGCUCCAACAGUGCAGUAAUAAUUGGUAAUAAUACAUUUCUGAAUGAGUUUUCCUGUGCCCACGUAUUCCAUUCUCCCAAUCUGAUUUAGGAACGGGCUGAACAGAAUAGAACAAAACAUAGAGGUGUGUGUUACUUUCAGUCCCUGUCAAUCUUAUACUGUAGAUACAGUAGUACAGUAUCACAACCUAAUCUGUGUGGAUUAGCCCAGGAUCCCUAGAUUGGGAUGACAUAGGUUAUAUGACCACAUCUUUAUGUAAAUAGGAAUGCCGUUUUUCUUCCUCCUGGACAUCUAGCGUACAAAUUCCUACUUUUUAGUGAUUCUAAUUUCAGAUGCAGUGUGGAAAUAAAUGUCAUCUGUCAAAAAUAA